AUGCCUUAUGAUGCUCACAAUCCAUUGACAGUGUCACUACCUUACAAUUUCAUUAAUACCAAUGAUUACCCAACUGAAGUGAUGGCUAAUAGAUUUUCCGCAUGGAGAUCUAUAAUUAAAGAAUUAUUAAAUUAUUUCAAAGAAUAUGUUAGCGUACAAGAAGAAAUAGUGCGUCAGCAAAAUAGACUUCAACUGUCUGUUGGUGCUGCUGCUCGUGGUUUUAAUGGAACACCAAAUAAUCAAGCAUCAGCAACAAAUCAUAAUAAUAGUCAUUCAGAUUUGGAACUUAUAUCAAAAUCAUUCUUACCAGUGGGGAAUGGAUCGGUUCAAGACAUUUCGAAUGUCUUAUUCAAAUAUCAUCAACAAAAUGUUACCAAUGCUUCAAAAACCUUGAAAGAUAUAAAUGUUAUUAUAAUACCAAAAUUAGAAGAGUUAAGAAAAGAUUUAUUAGUGAAGAUUAAAGAAAUAAAAAAUUUACAAAAUGACUUCAAAAAUAAUUUAGGUAAAGAACUAAAUGAAACAAAAUCUUUAAUAAGUCAAUACAAUCAAGCUAUUGAAAUGGCCAAUAAAUUAGAUCUGAAUCAUACAUUACAUCAUUCAGAAGGUGAGCAUGGAAAAUACGAUCCAUACUUAGUGAAACUUAAAUUAGAUAGACAAUUGAAAAAGCAAUUGAUUGAGGAAAAUUAUUUAUAUGAUGCAUAUCUGAAUUUACAAAAUGCAGGUAAACAAUUGGAAGGUAUUGUUGUAGUUGAGAUUCAAAAUUAUAUGUCAAUGUUUUUGAAUUUAAUUAGAGAAGAAAAUUCCACAUUUGCUAAUUAUUUAGUCCCAAAUAUUAGUGAAGGAUUUUUAUCAAAAGAAUCAAAUUUUGAAUGGAACGCAUUUAUUGAAAGAAAUUUACCAUCAAAUAACCUAAGUGUUAGCGCCGUGGGAAAUCAAACUACAUCUUCAGUUAAAAAUGGAACAUUUAUUGAUUUAGACAUUCCAAAAAGACAUUCUCAUGAUUUAAUUAUUAGACAUUUCCAUUCUAAUUUGAACGUUGCUGUACGUGAAGGUUAUUUAGAAAGAAGAUCGAAAUUUUUAAAAAAUUAUUCUAGUGCUUGGUAUGUUCUCACAUGCAGUUAUAUACAUGAAUUUAAAAGUAAUGAUAGGAAAAAAGAUCCACAUCCAGUUAUGUCCUUACCAUUGGAUUCUUGUACAGUCAGUGAUCACUCAAAAGAUGACGGUAAAACUGAAGGUGUUUACAAAUUUAUCUUGACUUCAAAACUGGCAAGUGCAUUGAUGCAUAAGACUCAUAAAUGGGUUUUCAGGACCAAUACAUAUCUGAAUAUGAUCGAUUGGUUUAAUGAUAUUAAAAAAUUGACAAGUUUACCUACCCCAUCAGCUAGAGCAAGAACUUUACCUAACAGUACUGAUUCUGAUAGAGUCUCAAGAAAUUCAUCAGUCCGUUCGCCUCAAAGAUCUUUGAGAACUGUUAAUUCAAAUACUCCAUCAAAUUUGAACAGAACAAAUACAAAAACCACAACAAAUAGACCAUUAUCUCAAACCACAUCUAUAGCUAAUGCCAAGAGAUUAUCUUCCACUUUUUCACAAAAGAACAAUCAUUCACCAAGAUUAGCUAAUAUGAUCAACAGUGAUGGUACAUUGAUAACACCAGUAGAUUCAUAUGAUGAAUUAAAACGUAAUCCAACAAAUUUAAGUAGUCAUUAUGUUCCACAAGCUCAACUGACUUUCAGAGCUCAACUGCCGGUUAUGCAAAUUCCACAACAUCAACAAUUGAGAGCUCAACUGCCAGCAUUACAGUAUCGAACACAAGGUCAACUACCACAUUCUCAACAAUCUCAACCUCAAUUUCAUCUAAUACCAGUUGAUUCAAUGACAAGUAAUGGUCAAUUGAAACAAAGUUAUGGUUCAACACCUACUAAUAAUAAUGCUUACUUUGGUCAACAACCACAACAAUUUUAUGAUCCUGUCCAACAACAAUAUUAUACUAUUACACCGUCUCUACCACCACAACAAACCCCUCAACCUCAAGCAUUUUCAUCAUCUCCUCAACCUAAUCCGCAAUUUUUAAGUACUUCGCCAGUUACUCAACCCUUUGGAUCUGCAUAUUUCACACAAGCAAAUUAUAACGACAAAGAACCUAUACAUACAGGUGCACCAUAUUCAACUACAGAACAUUCACAAAAUACAAUUCCUGAAAAUGAAAAUGGACGAGAGAAUAAUUCAAAAGAUCCAACGAUUCAAAUAUCAACAAAUAAUAAUGGGCCUGAUCUUAAUAAAAAUUUACAUCCAAUUGUACCAAGACAAUCAUCAGCAGAUGAAGUUUCAACAUUGAAAAGUAAUCCAAUAGAUAAACUUGGUGAUAUAGAUGUGAUAGUCACUAGUAAUGCAUAG